CGUGAAGAAAAAACUAAUCGCCUGACGAGACGACCUCAUCGGCUUACUCUGCUAGGCAUCAGCCCAUUUGGUCACGCCUCUCAACUUGAGGUCUCAAGUCUUCGCCCAUCCAUCUCGCAGCCUCUCGGUCUGGGAGACAUCGGCUGAAAGAUUGCUGGAGAAAUGGAGACGAGCGUGAUCGUCGUGUCCGUCGUGGUGGGAUUCUUUGGGGUCGGAAGCGCCGUGCUGGGGCUCAUCGCCGAGGGCACCAAGCUCGAGCCGAAUGACAUCUCGAUGUCCAGGACCGAGUGCGUGUACCCCGCCAACCCGGCGUUCGCGCUGGGGCUGGUCGCGGCGCUCCUGCUGCUGGCGGCCCAGAUCACCGUCUCGGCCGCCGGCCGCUGCUGCGGCUGCUGCAAGCCCCGGGGCGCCGCCUUCUCCGCGUCCAGGCGCAACAUCGGCGUCGUCUUCGCCGUCCUCUCAUGGGUGGCGACGGUGAUCGCGGAGAUCUACUUCGUGCAGGGCGCGGCGUGGAACGCGCCGGUGACGCGCGAGGUCAACACGGGGUGCUACUUCGUCAGGGACGGCGUGUUCAGGAGGGCGGCCAUCCUGAGCAUCAUCGCCACCGUGCUCGGGAUCAAAUCCUACUUCCUGCUUCGCGCCGCCGCGGCCACGGCCACGGCAACGGCAGCGGCUGCUGCGCCGGGAUACCCGGGGGCCGUGGCGGGGCCGUCGUCGGCGGGCGAGCACAAGCCCGACGGCAUCGCGAUGGGCCACCCUGCUCCGAUGUACGGGCAGGCGCCGUACGCGCACUACCCUCCGCCUCCGAACGCGCAGGGAUACGGGCAGUACCCUCCCCCUCCAAACGCGCAGGGGUAUGGAGGACAGUACCCUCCUCCUGCUCAGGGGUACGGACAGUUCCACCCCGCUGCUCCCCCUCAGGGUCAAGGAUACGGGCAAGCCGUGUAGAUUGAUCACUGGCUUAUGUAGUUAUGUGCAAGCAUGUCUUGGUUCUUCAUCUAUGCCAUGUUCUUCCGUCUUCCAUAAUUCAGCUGUGUAAAUCACCACACGGGUCACAGCUCGUAGGCUGUUCCCGUUGUGGUGAAUGAUGAUCGUCUCUGCUUGAAAGUGCAAACUGAGUUUUGAGA